AUGGCGUCGUCAUUCGCUAAUUGCUCUUACGCGCCCGAUCCGAGCUCUGGCGAUCAUCCAUCGAAUCCAUUCAACUACGGCGACCACAGCCUACUAGACGACCGGGAUAAGCGCGGAGUCACACGCGCAUCGAGCCUUGCGCUACCGAACCACUCGCUGUUGAAUCUGCUCGAGCAGAAGCAAAAGCUGUACGAUACGAUCCACCUAACGCCACCACCGAAGGGCAAUGGCACGCGGCGCCACUCGUCCGACUCGUACCCGAUGAUCGAGAACGAGGGUUUUCAGCUACCGCAGCGGCAAAGCAAAAAGUCACACCAACCGCUGGCCGGUUCGCUGGUACCGCCGCCAGUACCCAAGCGCACGUUUCAGGGUAACUUUCCGCGCAAACCACCGGACGCGUUCGAGGUGCAGAAGCGCGCCUCGCUGCUUGCGCUGGACAGCUUCCAGCAGCAGCAAGCGGUUGCGCAACAGCAACAACACCAGGUUCAGCAGCAACUGCAAGCGCAACAGCAGCAAGUGCAGCAGCUUCAGCAGCAACUGCAGCAGCAGCUCCAGCAGCAGCAGCAGCAGCAGCAGCAGCAGCAACAGCAGCAGGCUUACGCGCAGUUCCGCAAGUCCGCGUUUGAGGAUCAACCGUUUGGGUAUUAUCCGGCGCCCAAGAGCGCGAAAAGUGCCGGUUCUGAGGGUGUUGCUGGGACGUGCCACAGUGUAAGCACGUCCAGCUUUGACGAUAUCGCGGAACCGGACGAUUUUGUGCUGUUCAGCAAGAAGAUGGCAUCGAUCGAGUCGAACCGAUCGUCGAGUGAUUCGAACAAAUCGCAAACCACCAUCGACACGGGGUACGUUUCGGCCAACGAAACUGACCGUUCGAUCCUGACCGGGGGUAGCUGUUCAUCGGUGAAGGGUGGUGCGUCCUCAUUCCGCAGCCGGUUCUCGUCCGAGGACACCCAGUCAUCGCUUGACAGCUUCCUAUCGUCUGAGCUGCAUCGCACCGAUACGAUUGAUUCGCUUCCACUGAACGACUCACCGUUCAGUUUGAAAAAGAACGUGUUUAAUUUCGACCUGAAAACGUCUCCGCUUAUCCGUGGCAGCAGCACCGUCUCACCGAACUCGAUCGAUGAGAAGCUGGACAGUUGUUCACCUCGCAGUCUCGAGAGCAAAGGUUCCCGGAAGCUUCCGAAUGUGCCCACGCGUAAGGGAACGUCUGGGGCCAGCGCAACCACCGGUGGGGUUGUAAUGCAACCCAAACUACCCCCACCGGGAGGAUCAACACGCAUGACACCACCUUUGCCACCGUCUCGAUCACAGCAAGCGUUCGAGACACGCAAACUGCAAAAGCUGCAGCAAGCUCAGCAGCAACAAACGCAGCUAAACAACGUCGUUGCUGUGCACAAAACGGCCCUGGAAAGCCUUCAGGAGCUGUACAGUCGUCCGCUUGGCAUCCGGCGUAACAUCCACCGACCACCACCACUGAACGCUCAGCAACAGAUGCUGGGUGCUGGCAAAAGCUCAAUGUUGAGCCAGCGUCAGGACACGAGCGGACUCGCGAACGAUAGCUUUUCCAUUACCUCAAGCUCGGGCUUUCAAAGCAAACCGAUGGAGAGCGCGCUGUUGCAGCAACACACCACUACCAGCAACGCAGGCUCGAAGUUUAACCGUUCGACGAUCCGUGGUAAACCCUCGAUGCCCGACUCAUCACCCGUAGGACACGUUGGAACGUCAGGACAAACCUCCAGCAACCUGAGCACGCUAAUGGGUGCCAGUUCAACGCCACCGGGUGUUGCUCCGUCUGGCCAAACGAAUCUCCCAUCUGGAGCUGGGCUUCACACGACAACCGAUCCCGGUUUGGGUGCGCUGGGAGUUGGCAACAGUACGAUCCGGUCCGUGCCACCGAGGGUUAGCAUGCGGCAGGAUUCGAGCAUAUCGAGCGACAGCUUUAGCCAAACGUCCAGCCCUAGCUAUAACUCGAAGAUCAUGGAAGCGCCGUUGCUCUCGCACGCCGCCAAAAUGCCCAAGGUUUCGAAACCGAUCGCAAAGAAUCUGGACGAAAUCACGAAGGAAUCACCGACGGAAGCGAACGGUACGGCUGCCAUCAUCAAGAGCGCUUCAACGCCGGCCAGCCUGCAGACGAUCGUGCGGCUUUCCAACGGAUCUAACGUCAGCUUGCAGCACAAGAAGUUUCAGAUCCUUAAAGCACGCAAAAACUCCAACCCGUACGUCACGAGCGGUCGGUUAAAGUUCCGGCUCUGCCAGAUCCUGCUGAAUGCCGUCGGUUUGCUGGCCAUUGCCGGUGGAUUGGCGGCUUAUUUUAACGCCUACCCGACGAUAAAGUUCGUCAAUCAAACCAUCACGCGUACGUCCGUUGCGGUGGCAUCACCGGGCAGUACAUCUACCGGUACCGGCGGUGGCAUAUCCUCGAUAUCGUCGUCCUCUUCCGGUGUACCAGCGACGGGAUCGCCAGGACGAACCGCACUGGAUCUGGCCGGUGGUGGUGGUGGUUUCCGUGCAGAUCGAAAUCCGGCACCCGGCGUUUGUCUGCCUGUGAUCGUGAAGUUCUGCCAGCAGCAUCGCGUCCCGUACAAUUACACCGUCUUUCCGAACUACAUUGGACAUUUCGGCCAACCGGAGGCGCAGGGCGAGAUCGAUCUUUUCGAGGCCCUCGUCGAUGUGCGGUGUUACGAGCUUGUUCCACUAUUCUUAUGCUCCCUGUUUGUGCCUAAAUGCGGUAAUUCCGGUACAUCCGUGCCGCCGUGUAAAAGUUUGUGUACUGAAACUAUGCGUCGCUGCAGUUUCUUCUUCGACGUGUUUGGACUCGAGCUGCCGGAGUACCUGCGGUGUUCCAUCUUCAACGAUGCCGUCUCGGAUCAGGAGGAGUGCGUUGGCAUGGCGGAGUACAAGGAGUCGAUCAUACGCUCCCGCCGGCCGAUGGUGUGUUCGGGGUUUCUUUGCGACAAGCGGCGCUGCAUCCCGAACGAUUGGAAGUGUGACGGUCACGUGGACUGUAAGGAUCAAUCGGACGAGGCGAACUGUGACUUCUGUGAGGACGACGCGAUCCACUGUGGUGAGGGACAGUGCGUAAGCCAGAAGCACAUGUGUGAUGGUGUGCAAAACUGCCCGUAUGGGCAAGAUGAACGGAACUGCAUUCGACUGAGUGAGAGAAAUGGCGAUCUGGGCCGGGGCACGCUGGAGGUUUACAAAGCGGACCUAGCCCAGUGGGUGCCGGCGUGCGUUAAAAACUGGGAUCCUGCGACAUCGCCCACCAUGAUCUGCUCGUUGCUGGGGUACAGAUCGGUUAACUCUAGCCGAACGACGAUGCGUGGCUCGAAUCGUACGCUGAUCAGCACCAAGGAUGCGUCCGCGUUGUGGCGGAUGUACCAGAAAAAGGACACCAACCUGAUCAAGGAGUUUAACAGCUGUGACUUUAACUCACGAUACCCGGUAGCUGAGUUGACGUGUUCAAACUUCGAGUGUGGCAAGGUACGGAAUAAAAAGUACUUCAAGGCGACAAAACGCAUCGUCGGUGGGUCGGCAUCGAAACCCGGCGAUUGGCCAUUCAUUGCGGCCAUCCUCGGUGGCCCGGAAGAGGUGUUCUACUGUGCCGGCGUACUGAUCGCCGACCAGUGGGUCCUGACCGCGUCGCACUGCAUCGGCAAUCACACCAUGCGCAACGUUAACGACUGGACGAUUCAGCUCGGUAUUACGCGGCGCCACUCGCACACCUACUACGGCCAGAAGGUGAAGGUCAAAACGGUCAUCCCACACCCGAUGUACAAUCUGCACAUUCCGCACGACAACGACAUCGCGCUGUUUCAGCUCGCCACGCGGGUAGCGUUCCACGAGCAUCUGCUUCCGGUUUGCCUUCCGCCGCCACACAUUCGAGAGCUACCGACUGGCAUCAAUUGCACCGUCGUUGGGUGGGGCAAGCGCGAGGAACGCAACUCUUCACCGAACGGUGCAUCGUACGAACCAACGCUUAACGAAGUUACCGUGCCCAUCGUGAACAGAGAUUUAUGCAUCGAUUGGUUGGAAACGUUCAACGUGACCGAGGGUAUGAUCUGUGCCGGUUAUCAAGAAGGUGGCAGAGAUGCGUGUCAGGGUGACUCCGGUGGUCCAUUGUUGUGUCCUUAUCCGAACGAAAAGGAUCGCUGGUUCGUCGGAGGCAUCGUUUCCUGGGGCGUACGGUGCGCUCAUCCGAAACUUCCCGGAGUUUACGCCAAUGUGCCCAAGUUUAUACCGUGGAUUUUGUCGCAAAUCAACAACCACUCGGUGCUUCAAACCGACACGAUCGGUCGAUAA